AUGACACUUACUCAGACGUGCAGUGUAGUGGUAAAUAGACCUGUUGCUGAAAAGCUCUCAGAUCCCGGGAGUUUUACUAUUCCAUGUACUAUUGGAAACUUUGCUUUUGCGAAAGCACUCUGUGAUUUAGGGGCCAGCAUUAAUCUUAUGCCCCUGGUAAUUUACAAGAGGUUGGGCAUUGGGAGGGCUAGACCCACCUCUAUGAUGUUGCAGCUGGCUGACAGGACUGUGAAGCGUCCAUUUGGGAUCCUUGAUGAUGUACUUAUUCAGGUGGGGAAGUUUGUGUUCCCUGCUGACUUUGUGAUAUUGGAUUGCAAAGUAGAUGAAGAAAUACCUAUCAUCUUAGGAAGACUAUUCUUGGCCACCGGGAGAGCUCUUAUUGAUUAUGAGACCGGGGAGCUUAAGAUGAGGCUCAAUGACGAAGAGAUUAUAUUCAAUGUGCAUAAAUCUAUGAGGCGCCCAAGUGAGUUCGCAAAUUGCUCUCUUAUUGAUGCCGUGGAUGUAAUCGUUCAGUCUGAUGAUGAAGUGUUGACGAUUGAGGAUCCCCUCGCUGCAUGUUUGACGAAUUUGGAGGAAGUGAACGGUGAGGACUUGGCAGAAUGGGUGUUGACAUUGGAAGCUAAGCCAUCCAUUGAAGAACCACCGAAGCUGGAACUAAAGCCAUUGCCAAGCCACCUCAGGUAUGAAUUUCUGGGACCUAACUCCACUCUACCUGUUAUUAUCUCAUCUGGUUUGUUAGAUGUGCAGGUCCAACAGCUUCUACAGGGAACAUUAGAGGAGGCUGAACCCGAAUAUGAAGGAGGUGGUGAAGAAGGAAGUGAUAAAGUGGCUAGAUGCGGGAAUUAUUUUCCCAAUCUCUGA